AUGGUGCCAAAAUAUGUAAACUCUACCACGUGCAUGUAUCUUGGAUGUUGCUGGAAUGAUACCCAGGCCGAUGCUACAGACAAAUGCUAUACAAAGCGGUAAGUUCCAUGCUUAAUCAUCGUCGUCACCAUUAUCACUCGCUUUCACUUCCAUUUGAAGAAAAUUCACUGCUCCUCUUGAGAAAGAUCGAGUUCUGUAUGAAAACCCGCACUGUAUAGUCAUUAUGACUUUGCAAGGAGACCCUCAGACAUUUCGCAGUAGAGUUUUUAGUGGGUCCAGCACCAUUUUCAAAUUUUUUUUUUUUAUCUUCUCUGACCCUGUUUUUCACUAUUGUUUUCUUGAAAUGUAAUUAUCAGAUUUGUUAAUUUAGAAUUAAUUAAAAACUAGGAGGAAAUGAACUCAGCUCAGCUUAGAUAAAUCAAACGUAUAUCGGGCCAGGAAAAGCACGUCGAGCAAAUUGCAAAUAUUAUGACGUUGCUGGAUUAUUAAAAAAAUGGUUUAUGAUGGUAUUAUAGCAGCUGUAAUGAAAUCAAACUUUAAUGGUUGGUGGGGUGGAUGCACACAAGCAGCGCAAGUGCACUUUGUGUAACUUCUGAGCGUAAAGGUCGUCAUUAGGAAUGUUACAUUCUCUUAAUAUACGUGUUCGUGAUACACAUAAUAUCUAUUAGCUCACAUAAUCAUAACCUGUCCCGAAGUAAACGGCGCGAUAGAAGCAGAGGAGUGAAAAAAAUGAGGGAGUGUUGAGUCGGGUCGCGUAAUGAACGUGUUCCGUACGCGACCCGACCCGAACCUUUACCAUUUUCGCUCCCGCGCUACCAUCGUGCCGUUCACUAAUUCGCUUAAUUUUUACUAAUUAAGCCCCGUGGAACAGUUCAACAUAAUCAUCACUACUACAAUUACGGGAGCAAAUUUCCCGCCUUGUUGUGUGCACAAAGCAGCUAUGUGCACAAAAAUUUUUGUUUACCAUCAAGUAGUUUUAAUAUUGGCUUUGUAUUUCUGUUAGGGGAGGCGCCUGUUUUGAAUACGAAGGAACAGUUUGUAACGACUCCUUUACAACACUACCCGAGUACAGGGACACCAAGCGUUUCUUUGACAACAGUUUUGGACUAUCUGGGACCGAGCAGUUCCUUGCAAAAGUUAUUGGCAUCAUCAAUGACCUCGCUGGUGACAAUGAAAAAUGCAGGUACAUUAUGGUGAACAUGCUGUGCCAUUACACCGUACCGCCUUGUUACUCAGAUGGCACGAUACUCGACUUUUGUAAGGAAGACUGCCAAGAAAUUUUUAACGAGUGCAGCGUAACCAUAAAUCAAGUGAUUGGGGGAGUGAAGCUCUAUGUGUAUAAUGAACAUAUUGACUUUAUACAUCGAGGAAUUCCUAACUGCUCCAAGCAUCAUCCUCGGUCGUAUUACGAGCGCUUACCUGGGAACAAGACUUGUAUCAAUUCUGGAUUUUUCAGUGAGUGAAACUGCUUUAAUUUUGAGAAAAGGAGCGGUGUCUUUAAGAGCAAAUCUAAUUUGAGUGACGAAAGUGAUACUGGACUACUUUUUUUUCUUCACUUUGCUCUGAGAUUGGUCCAAAAUAACGCCACCGUUUAAACCAAUCAGAUGCAAAAUAAAACCAAUCCCAAUUUGGUCACUCGCGUUUUCCUACGCUUCAAGCAGGUUUCAAUUCGCAUUGGUUUACAAACUCAUUAUAUCAGAGAAUCCUAAAUCUCAUUAUCAGAACCAUGAUCAUAUUGGUCAGCACCACGAAUCGUUAGGCUCUGCUCGUAUUUGUCCAUACGAAUUUACGCAGGCACUCAUAUUCAAUUUAUUUCGGUGAUUUUACCAGCCAAUUUAGUAUUAUAUUAGACUUGACAAGAGCAUUUGGCAACCGUUCAAUUGGACUAGAGUCAGGACUGCCGGGAACGAAAUUACUUCUAUGGAAUAUUCUAGCGCGCAUGCGCAGGUUACGUAUGGUAAAUCUGUUUAAAAUAGAUUUAUUAUUAAAAUUCGCAGAAUUCGAAGAAAAACGAAAACUCAAGCCUAGUGUAGAAACGAAAGAGACGAACCAAGGCAGUGACGACGACAAUCUUCGCAUCUUUCUACCCACUGUCACAGUCAGUUUGCUCAGCAUUGUGGUGUGCAUUAUUAUAUUUUUGCUUUGGCGAAGACACCGAGAUGACAUGCAGACAUUGGUCGAGCCGCCGGCUUUUUCAAUGAGAGAUAAAUUACGAGCAGAGUCCUUAAAAAGUUUUGAUACAUUGUUGUCGCGGUAUUUUGAUCCAAAUAGAUUAAGGCAGUACAGAUUGGACCACGUACAUUAUGUAAAAGACCUGGGAGUAGGCUCUUUUGGCAAAGUUUUUCAAGGUAAGCUCACCUUUCUGUGCACGCUGCAUCUACACCCUUUUGAGAUUGUUUUUAACGUGGAUAUACCGCAUAUUAUUUUUAACGUGGAUAUACCAGGCAGCUGCUAAUCGUUCUUCACAAAAUGUUUCGAGUAACACUUGAGUUCAAAUUACUCUAUUCUCCAAGGUCCAUCUGCCUCCUGUUAGUGAUUGACAAACUUUCUCGAGUUCCGGCGCGGCAACUACCCGCGUAGAUUUUUACGCCGGCAAACCGAUAGAAAGUGUGGUAUAUUGUUAAAGUUGGCUAGACAACUCCCGUCAGUGACUAUGCACAGCUAGUGGCUGUUCACGUGAGCCAAAUUGUCGUAAGCGACCAAGUCCAGCUGAUAUCGAAAACCUUUUUCGCUAUUUACAGAUGAGAACAUACGAGAUACUUCAUUAUAUCAGUGUUUUCUAGGUCGUGCAGCUGGUCUUACAGGCGAAAAGCCCAAGAAGGAGAUUCUAGUUGCUGUUAAAGCGUUGAAAGAUGAUCCAUCUAAGGAACAGAAAGACGAGUUUUUCCGAGAAGUGACUCUAAUGUCCAUUCUCACACAUCCAAACAUUGUUCGACUCCUGGCUGUAUCAACCGAAGAGGAACCUUAUGGCAUGAUCUUUGAGUUCAUGAGUAGUGGGGAUUUGAACUAUUAUCUGAGGAAUGCCUUUCCGGCUGCUGAAACCCCCCUGGAAUCACAGGAACCAAAUAAAGGUACUAUCCGUUCAUCCGUUUUUCCAUCCAUUUAUCCUCCAAUCCAUCCAUUUGUCUAACGAUAUGUGAAAAUCCCCACUUAAUACUACUAAUAAUUUCACUUUAUUUUUCUCACCAGUCUACCUUGCCCACGAAGACCUUCUCCAAAUCUCGACCCAGAUCGCUGCUGGCAUGCAGUAUUUGGUCAAGAUGAAGUUUAUUCACAGAGACCUGGCAGCGAGAAACUGUCUGGUCGGGAAUGACCUUGUGGUGAAGAUUGGGGACUUUGGGAUGUCGCGCGACAUUCACACCUCAGAUUAUUACAAGGUACUCUUACAAUACCAAACUGCAAUGAAUGACAAUAAAGUAGGUACUUGUGUUGUUCAAGAUUAAUUAAAACACUUAUGAUAUAGAAAACGAGAUAAUGAUCAAGUCACCAUGUUCUAGGCCACUUUACCGCCUUCUUUCCAUCUACAAGAGACAUGCUUGAUUUUUUUUUCUUUUUUAAAUUUUACGGAAGGGACCUUUCAUUUCAGUUCUUUGAUUUUCAGUUGAGCAAGGAAACUGCUUUGCCCAUCCGCUGGCUUGCUCCUGAAGCAUUAAAUUACGGCAAAUUUAGCUUCAAGUCAGACGUGUACGCAUAUGGCGUGCUACUUUGGGAGAUUUUCACAUUUGCUCUUCAACCGUAUUACGGCUAUAGCAACAAGGAAGUGAUACACUUUAUACAAAAGGUAAUCACAAAAUUCACCGCGAGAUCUACUCGUUUGGUAGGGGUAGGUUUGGGUACUAAAACUACGAUAUAGGACUCAAUUUUUUACAUAUUUAACCCUUUCUACUCUAACACCACAGGUGGCAAGUUCUCCAUACUGUUUUCUAUCCAAUUGUUAUGGGGCUUAUAAGGAGAAUUUGUCUAACAAUCAAGAGCUUCUGUAGUUGAAUUCAGGGGGGUGACGUUGGGAGAAAUAAGAUGCUUAUCACUCUCAGGGGCCUGGGGCCAAAGGGUUAAACAGUAGCUCUCUCCUGACGAAAGAGUUUCGUAGUCUUUACAUGCUUAGACUUUACCGCUUGUUGUCAGGAGAAGAGAAGAAAAUCGUUUACAACAAGAUCAGCUUUCGUCUCUAUGGUCAGCCUUUUUGAGGGCCUUUUCACAUAGAUCAGUAACCCAGGUGUUCAUGUUGUAGGCGGGACUAAUUUACGGUCUUCUGUCCAUAUGGCAAACUUUAAUUCUUUCAUUUUACAAGUUGAUUUUUAAGUCCAGUCCUUAGUCGUUAAGUAAAGCUACAGCUCAGUUACAGAUUGAACAAGAAGCCAGCUUCAAAGUUUUAAACCUAGGUUAUUGUGCUUGUCAACUGAGCCAUACGUGUUACUCUAACACAUCGCAAAUUUUCCUAAUGAAAGGAGAGGUUAGGCGAGAGUGCUGAAUACCCCUGUGUCGGGUAAACAGUAAUUAAAAUUCACAAAUUCAAAUACGAACAUUGACCUCGAGAAAAGGGGAAGGUAAAGUCAAAUAUUCUGGUUUCUUGACAUAAACGCCUGUUGACCUCUGCGCCAAGUUGGAGAUCUGGGCACCAACACGCGGUUCUUUCUUAGGGUACUCUUUGGGGACGAUUGAGUCAUUCCUAACAGCAAGCGGUUUCCUUCAUUGCAGGGCAUUCAUCUGGGCCAGCCUCGUGACUGUCCAGACUUCGUGUACGCUAUCAUGAAAGAUUGUUGGCAUGAGGAUCCCAAAAAGCGUUUAGAAUUUUCUGAGAUACAGACACGCUUGAGUGAUCCAUUUAACAGCAACUAUGGAAGUUGUGCCGAGUCAAACAACCAGCUCCUGUCUGAAAACAUGAGCGUCUCACUGUCUGGUAACAAUCGUUUAACUUUUCUUUCCCCUCUAUUUAUCACAGAGAAGUAACACAUCCUUGAAAAAUGUCAUGUGAUCACAUGUUGAAACAAAAGGAGUGUUUUAGAUGGAAAAUUAGCGAAAUGAACAAUUUUUCUUUCAAGAGCAGGGUCAGGGUAUUCAUAGCUUCGGCUCCAAACCCACUCAAAGUACUCUAUAAACCCUCUGGGUUCUCCCCCCCCUCUCUCACCUCACUCCUAGAGCGUCAAUGGCACUUUUCCUUACCAUUUUCCACGCUUUGACGUUUGAAGUCCUCAAACCUGUUCGUAAUCUUUUAGCCUGAAAAGUGCCACUUUCGAGAGGAACACCUCGAUAUACUCCUCUAUUGAAAGUGCUCCAAUAAAUACGUCCCAGUGUUUUUUCCAUGUACUUAUUCAUUGAUUUUUUUUUGCGGGGUUCUCGCUUGAUUUUAAAGACUCGUCCAGUUGUCCAUUUCGUUAAGGCUCCGUGUUUUCUUAACGACAUGACGGAAAUAGGCAAACGCCUUAGUUCAUAUCCACUAUUGCUAUUUUCAGAAAUUGUUUUGGAAACCUACGACGUUCCCAGAAGUCAUACCAAAGGCGAUCGCAAAUUUUCACGAGUGUUCGAGUUCCAUGAAAAUUACGACGUGCCCCGAUCGACGACGACGACGACUGAAGAAGUCAGAAUGAGUGAUACGGACGGAAGCCUUGAAAUAUAGAUCGGUUUUGGGUGUUGAAAUUUAAAUUGCAAUCGUCAGGAUUGUUCACGCCCACUCUACCCCCACCAUCCACCCCCCUCUCUCUAUUAUAUUUCAAUAUUGUAGUCACGUUUCUCUAAUUUACACUUCGCCGCGGAUUUAUCAUUAAGCCUUAGACAGUGUUAAAGGGAUUUUCGAUGAAGUUUCGUACAAUCAAAACUUAAGUCAUCAGGACGGCCAAUCUGAAGAAAGGAAAAUACCUUAAGAGCCAAUGAGCGCAGCCAAGCAAAACAGUGUAAUCCUGGAUUUUUUUCGGAACUCUUUUGAAAAUUGCUUUAAUAAUCCUUGAACCGAUCAGAGUUAGCUUAAACACUCAAAAUUGAUAACCUACUCACGAGGGAAAACAUUGACUGAAUUUCACACGCCGGUUCUCCAUUUUCCUUCGAGUUUAUCCGUGCCCCACCUUAAACAAGAUAGAGGGUACAAAUCGAAUAUGACCCACUGGAUGCGAAAUUGCACUUGCGAGAGGAAACUCAAAUGCUUCGCGAAACCCUUCCCUAAUCUAACAGAGUCAAUUUUGACCAGUAUGAUUACGCAUAAGUUCACACAACAAGUGCACAAAUAACCUUUAAUUACAAUUCAUAUUAGAACUUAUUAAAUUUGGAAACAACAAUCGUUUUUUGAG